AUGACAGAGGCCUCUCUAAUGGUUACUUUAGAUUACGAUUCAUUAACAGUUGAUUCUGCUGGGCCACUGCUUGCGGACACAGAAGUAAAGUUUAUAGAUCUAGAGACCGGAAAGAGUCUAGGAUGUAACGAGACCGGAGAAGUGUGUGUUAGAGGUCCUAAAGUAAUGAAAGGCUUCCGUAACAAUGCAGCGUCCACAAAAGAAAUGAUAGACGCUGGCGGCUGGUUACACACAAGUGAUAUUGGAUAUAUUAGGGACAAUGAAUGUAUUAUGAUAACUGAUCGUUUGAAAGAGUUAAUCCAGUAUAAAGGACAACAGUAUUCACCGACUUAA